CAGGUGAAUACAAAACCUCUGGAAAGCGAAGUUCCUCCUCUGGACUUUUCUCCUUUUCAGGCUAAAUUUAUCUCUGAAAUGUCAGACUCACACAUAAAAGUCACCUCUGCUCACAGACUCUGCACUCACUGUGGAUGGCGAACACAAGAUGAAGCUUUUCGCCAUCAAUAUCAUCUGUGCAUUUCUUCACGUCAGUUGCCAAAAUCCAACUGACCACUGGACUCUCGUGCCUAAUACUCUGGUUCUGGAGGUGGAUGGUGGUUUGGGUCAGUAUCCACUGAGCUGCCUGGACUCAGCAGAGGAGGUCAUGAGCAGAGAUGACCAGGGACGGGACAUCAUUUGGAAGAAGAAUGGAGAGGAGCUGCCCCAAAAAGGAAAUGUCUACUCCGUACAGCUGGAGGAAAGCUUAGGAGGGGGAAACUACACCUGUCACAGCAAAAACGGAUCGCUCCUCAAUCACACUGUGGUCUUGAUCAAAGAGGAAGAAAGCAAGAGGAAGAGGAUACUCAUCAAAACUGACCAAGAUUAUCUAAAGUGUUCUGCUCAAAAUUACAACGGAGACUUCCACUGCUCUUGGACCUGGCACCGAAGUCGUGUUGGAGAAGUCGCAUUUAUCAGAGUUCAACGUGUCUCUGAUAGUAAUGACACACAUUGUACCGUGGACGUCAGUGGGCAGCUGUGGACAUGUUCCACUGGUCAGCGUAAGUUCCGCUGUUCAGUGGACGACAGUGGACAAUCAAUUUCCUGUUUGGAUGAGCAGCACUGUCCUUAUGCUGAGGAGAUCCACCUCAUCUAUAUCAGUGUCUAUGUGAAGACGGAGCACUUUCUGGUGGAGAACUACUCCAAAUACUUUUAUCUGUCAGAGAUCGUGAAACCUGAUAAGGUGAGGAUCAGCGAAGUCAAUAAAUCGUUGAUCGAGUGGACUUACCCCAGCUCCUGGGCCAGUCCCUACUCCUACUUCCCCCUCACUUUCCAGAUUGCACAGUUUAGGAAAGAGUGCAGAAACUGUGCCAACCCCUGCACUGAGUUAAAACCCACAAAGAUGUUGACAGUCCACUCUUCAGACCGCUGCUCAUCUAAAGUCAAGCACAAGACGAAGACGGUCUGUGUCCGAGCUAAGGAUGCUUUCUCUAACUCUGAAUGGGGCGAGUGGAGCCACAUCAGGCUGAUGAGGAAAAGGAGGAACAAUUAGUGCGAAUAUCAUCAAAAAAUGAAAAAGAUGAGCACUGGACAUCUUCAGAAAUACAUAUUUAUGUUUUUAUAAUUAUUUUUUGUAAUGAUCUGCUUAAUUGCACUGUA